AUGCAGCAAGUCUGGUUCCUCUUCAAAUUCCUCGAAACAAUUCUCUCCGCCAUUUGCCUAAGUUUACACUUAAUGGGUGUACGGCAGGAUGUGGAACCCAUACCCCAUGUCAUUAUUUAUUGUGGCACCUAUUUUGGCUUUACCCUGAUGUCACUAUUUGGCGGGUUGGGAAUUUUGUUGGGUCGCCCUGCCAAGCCCUUAAUGGAGGUCAUUAUCAAUGGCACAGGUGCGUUAAUGUUUGUGUUGGCCUCGCUUCUAACCAUGUAUCAUGCGGAAAGGGAUUUCCAUUUAAUGUAUUUGUCGGAUUUUGAGGAGCCCCAACACGGCUUUUUUCGACAUUGUAAACAACAGAGUGUAGCCUCCCUGGCCACGGGUCUAUUAUUUUUAUUACAUUGUGUUUUUGCUGUGGAUUUGUGUUGGAUACGCCAACCCACAAUGUCGAUAUUUGAAGAUGAGAAUGAAGCGGCCCUGCAACCAUUGAGGUUAUAUUUCAUUAGUUCGAGUGUGGAGAAGUAUUUGCGGCAAUUCGAAUGGUUUUCGAGGUAUUUGGUGCACGAUGGGAGGAAGGGAUUUGAGAAGAAGUACCCACAAGCGAAUACAAUGGCUUUGAGGAGGCCGAAAACUCAUAGAGUCCAUAGGCAGCCGAGUCCAACAAGAGGGACUUCUAGGGUGGCAACGGAUAAUAUGGAAAAUUUUCAAGGAACCUCUUCACUGUCCACCACGUCCUUGGAUACCUCACAAAAUUAUGAGAAAUCGGAAAUGGUAUAA